CUGUGUCCGGUAUCAGAAUAAACAGCUUGGGAAACAGCGACAGGAGGAAAGUGUCAUUGUUAGACGGAGGAGCAGCCACCCGGGUUUCACCUAAUCUAGAUCCUUCUUCCUCCUGUGUUUCCACCAUGGCUGCUACUGUGAGAGGUUAUGCCCAUGUGCUCGUCCGGGGCGCUGGUGAUGGCAUGGAAACUGAAAAACCGCCAGCCGUCACGGAGGUAACCACAGACAUACUGCCAAGAGGUCCGUCUCCAGUUCCCCUCUUGAAGGUGGCAAGCCCCAAACACAGCCCAAAAUCUACCCAUCCUCCUCCCCCCGUGACACCCCAGCCUCUUGGGGUUCUCCACCUGGGCAAAGUGAGUCGAGAGGCCUGCACAGAGGUCGAGGCCAUGAGGAUCGUAGUCCCGCGUUCUGCUAUAAGUCGAAGCAAACGUGCGGGACCUACUGAGGGGAAAGGAGAGGCUGAGGAGCAAGGCUCUCCCCCGCUGCCUCUUGUGGAGGGCUGGAGAGGAGAGCUGGAGAAGCUGCAGAACUCUGAACGUAGGCUGCUGCAGGACAAAGAGGGCCUUUCCAACCAGCUCCGUGUGCAGACAGAAGUGAACCGCGAGCUAAAGAAACUGCUGGUGGCGUCUGUGGGUGAUGACCUGCAGUACCAUUUUGAGCGUCUGGCACGGGAGAAGAACCAGCUGAUUCUGGAGAAUGAAGCUUUGGGUCGGUGUCUGGCACACACCGCAGAGCAGCUGGAGCGCAUGAGCAUCCAGUGUGACGUUUGGAGGAGCAAAUUCCUGGCCAGCAAAGUCAUGGCAGAGGAGCUGACCAAUGCCAGAGCAGCUCUGCAGCGCCAGACAAGAGAGGCACAAGGAGCAAUUCAGGAUCUGCUGUUGGAGAGAGAAGAGUUCUCAAGGGACAUGGUGCUCACCCACAGAUCUCUGGAGCAGCUCCUGGUGUCUUUGCAGUGGGGCAGACAGCAGACAUACUACCCCAGCGCACAGCCCCUCAGUACAGGAGAGCUGGCAGCAGCCAAUCACAAGUUAGCAGACGCCAUCAACUCCCACCUGUUGGGCGACACCAGCAGCAGUGUGGCAAAAAGCAGCAGCAGUGCGACACCUGAGCAGCUAUGCAGCACACCAGCAGAGAAGAUGGCUGAGAAGGUGCUGAAGAUUUUAGAUCCAAUUUCCUGUUCAGAAAACAAGGCAGAGCCUCCACUCAGUGACUCGCCCGCCUCAAAUUUUCUGGGCAAUAAGAAGAGCAUCGGCAGGUUUCACCCAUACACCCGCUAUGAGAACAUCACCUUUAACUGCUGUGAGCGCUGCACUGGAGACAUCCUGGUGCUGUAGAU